AUGCAAGUUAGCUUCAAAUCAGAUUGCCCGUGUGAUGAUACAGACUUGUGCCGGCCUCUCCGUCGAGAGAAUCAGGCGGAAAUCGAGGUAUUUGCCUUUCACCUUGAUCAUAGUGAUUGGAAGCAUUACGACUGGUCGAAGAUCACAACAUUUGUAGUCACUGAAGACUUUGAGAUGGAAGCUAUUUGUACUGCUCAUGCAAAUAACAUUCGAAUUGUCAUGAAAGUCAGCUUAGCAACGUCUGACAUGGAAGACAGAGCGACUCGAAGAGAUUGGAUCGAAUUCAUUGCAGACUUUAUAAAAUACGUAUAUAUGGAUGGGAUUUAUUUGGAACACCUGGAAAUUUUUGAGAAAGGGUCCCAUUUGUACCACAAAUUAACUGAGUUUGUUAAAGAAAUUGCCUCAUAUUUUCACCAAAAGUUACCUGGAACUCAGAUCUCCUUUCACGUACCUUGGUCUCCACACUGCCAGAACGAACUAUGUUAUGACUUCUUAGCAAUUUCAAAAGCCUGUGACAUUUUAUUUGUGGCAUCCUACGAUGUUCCAAAUGACCUGCGGGAUGGUUGUGUUGCAAGAUCAAGUGCUCCCUAUCACCAGGUUUUAUCAGGAAUGUCCGAUUAUAUCAAACUGGGCAUUGACUCCAGAAAGCUGGUGAUGGGCGUUGCUUGGUACGGUUAUGACUACACCUGCAAGCACUUUCUCGGGGUGGGUGAGUGUGAACUGGAAACGAUUUCCCAAGGAGUCCCGUGUAGUUAUACUGAAGCAAGACGGAUCCCAUACAAAGACAUCAUGCAGCGUCUGUCGAGAUCACUCACUGGCAGGUUCUGGGACGAUGAUCGGAAAGUCCCAUAUUUUGUCUACUUGGUUGGUAACACGUACCACGAGGUCUGGUACGAUGAUCCCGAGAGCAUUUCUAUGAAGGUGUCUAUCAUGAUGAAACUGAACCUCCGUGGUAUCGGCGUGUGGGCUGCAAACAACAUCAACUACACUGGUGAUGUCAGAGCAAGAAUGCAGGCUGCAGAGAUGUGGAACGCCGUGUGUCGUCCCUGGUGGAAUUACCGAGAGUGA